CCGCCUCCUGGGCUCCCUGGAAGUGCUUCCCCGGCCCCGCUUGAAGCAGGCGCCGGAUGCGGCGGAGAAAGGGAGGUCCGGGCAUCUGAGGCCUCCUCAUCAUGGCGAUCCCCAUGGAGAGCCAGCUGCUCAGCAUCUUCGAGGAGGUGGUGAAAACAGAAGUCAUAGAAGAGGCUUUUCCUGGCAUGUUUAUGGACACCCCUGAAGAUGAGAGAACCAAAUUAAUCAGUUGUUUGGGAGCCUUUCGACAGUUCUGGAGCAAUCUUUCCCAAGAAUCUCAUGAACAAUGUAUCCAGUGGAUUGUAAAAUUCAUACAUAGCCAACAUAGCCCUAAAAGAAUUUCUUUUCUGUAUGACUGUCUAGCCAUGGCUGUGGAGACUGGGCUUCUGCCACCCAGGAUGGUUUGUGAGUCCCUGCUAAAUUCUGACAUCCUAGAAUGGGAAAGAACACAACUAUGGUCUUUAACAUUUAAACUUGUCCAGAAAAUAAUUGGUGGUGUAGACUACAAGGGUGUGCGAGAUCUUUUGAAGGGUAUACUGGAGAAAAUCCUAACUAUCCCUAACACAGUCAGCUCUGCUGUUGUGCAGCAGCUUUUAGCAGCAAGAGAGGUUGUUGCCUAUAUUUUGGAAAGGAAUGCGUGCUUAUUGCCUGCAUAUUUUGCAGUCACAGAGAUACGAAAGUUGUAUCCUGAAGGAAAACUUCCACAUUGGUUGUUGGGCAACCUAGUAUCAGAUUUUGUGGAUUCCUUCAGGCCUACAGCAAGAAUAAAUUCCAUCUGUGGUCGGUGUAGUCUUCUUCCUGUAGUAAAUAACUCUGGUGCUAUUUGCAAUUCAUGGAAGCUGGAUCCUACAACACUUCGCUUCCCACUGAAAGGCCUUUUGCCAUAUGAUAAGGAUCUGUUUGAGCCCCAGACUGCUUUGUUGCGGUAUGUGCUGGAACAACCCUAUUCCAGAGAUAUGGUCUGCAAUAUGCUAGGUCUAAACAAGCAGACCUUGAACAUUGCUCAGCAUAAACAGCGAUGCCCAGUGUUGGAGGACCAGUUGGUGGAUCUUGUGGUAUAUGCCAUGGAGCGCUCAGAGACGGAGGAGAAAUUUGAUGACGGGGGAACCAGCCAGUUGCUGUGGCAGCAUCUCUCAAGUCAGCUUAUCUUCUUUGUACUUUUUCAGUUUGCCAGCUUCCCUCACAUGGUCCUGUCUCUCCAUCAAAAGUUGGCAGGAAGAGGCUUAAUCAAAGGCAGAGACCAUCUGAUGUGGGUGUUACUACAGUUCAUCUCUGGAAGCAUUCAGAAAAAUGCAUUGGCUGAUUUCCUCCCUGUUAUGAAGCUUUUUGACCUCCUCUACCCUGAGAAAGAAUGUAUCCCUGUGCCGGAUAUCAACAAACCUCAGUCAACUCAUGCAUUUGCAAUGACCUGUAUUUGGAUACAUCUGAACAGAAAGGCUCACAGUGACAAUUCUAAGCUCCAGAUUCCGAUUCCACAUUCUCUCAAACUUCACCAUGAAUUCCUACAACAGAGUCUAAGGAACAAAAGUUUGCAGAUGAAUGACUACAAGAUAGCUCUGUUGUGCAAUGCUUAUUCAACCAAUUCAGAGUGCUUCACCUUACCCAUGGGUGUUCUAGUAGAAACUAUUUAUGGAAAUGGCAAUAUGAGGAUAUCUCUCCCAGGAACCAAUUGCAUGGCUUCAGGAUCCAUCACACCACUACCAAUGAACCUCUUGGAUUCACUUACAGUUCAUGCCAAAAUGAGUCUUAUCCACAGCAUCGCUACCAGAGUAAUCAAACUGGCCCAUGCAAAAUCUAGCCAGGCCUUGGCUCCAGCCCUUGUGGAAACAUACAGUCGCUUGCUGGUUUACAUGGAAAUAGAGUCCUUGGGCAUCAAAGGUUUUAUAAGUCAACUGCUACCUACAGUUUUUAAAUCUCAUGCUUGGGGAAUCUUGCAUACUCUGUUGGAAAUGUUCAGUUAUCGCAUGCACCACAUCCAGCCUCAUUACAGAGUCCAGUUACUAAGUAAUCUUCAUUCCUUAGCUGCUGUUCCACAAACAAAUCAGAACCAGCUCCAUCUGUGUGUUGAAAGCACAGCUCUUCGGUUAAUUACUGCCUUGGGCAGCUCUGAAGUUCAACCGCAAUUCACACGCUUCCUUAAUGAGCCCAAAACAGUCCUUUCAGCAGAAUCAGAGGAACUCAACAGAGCACUUAUUUUGACACUAGCAAGAGCAACACAUGUCACAGAUUUUUUUACAGGAUCAGAUUCGAUACAGGGGACUUGGUGCAAGGAUAUACUACAAACUAUAAUGAACUUUACUCCCCAUAAUUGGGCUUCACACACCUUGGACUGUUUUCCAGCUCCUCUGCAGGCAUUCUUUAAACAAAAUAAUGUACCUCAAGAGAGCCGCUUUAACCUGAAGAAGAAUGUAGAAGAGGAGUACCGAAAGUGGAAAUCUAUGACAAUCGAGAAUGACAUCAUCACCCACUUUUCCAUGCAGGGCUCUCCUCCCCUCUUCCUUUGCCUCCUUUGGAAGAUGCUUCUAGAAACUGAUCACAUUAACCAAAUUGGUUAUAGAGUGCUAGAAAGAAUUGGGGCCAGAGCUCUGGUUGCUCAUGUUAGGACGUUUGCAGAUUUCUUGGUCUAUGAAUUUUCCACAUCAGCUGGAGGCCAACAGCUUAACAAGUGUAUUGAAAUUCUCAAUGAUAUGGUGUGGAAAUACAACAUUGUGACAUUGGAUCGUCUCAUACUGUGUUUGGCAAUGCGCAGCCAUGAAGGAAAUGAAGCCCAAGUGUGCUAUUUCAUCAUCCAGUUGCUUUUACUUAAGCCAAAUGAUUUCAGAAACAGAGUGAGUGAUUUUGUGAAAGAGAACUCUCCAGAGCAUUGGCUACAGAAUGACUGGCAUACAAAACACAUGAGCUAUCACAAGAAAUAUCCUGAAAAAUUAUAUUUUGAAGGUUUGGCAGAGCAAGUCAAUCCUCCUGUUCAAAUCCAACCGCAGUAUUUACCAAUAUACUUUGGGAAUGUGUGCCUCCGUUUCCUUCCAGUGUUUGACAUUGUGAUUCACAGAUUUCUGGAACUCCUUCCAGUAUCCAAAUCACUGGAGACUCUGCUGGAUCAUCUAGGAGGCUUAUACAAAUUCCAUGAUCGUCCUGUAACCUAUUUGUACAAUACUCUUCACUACUAUGAGGAGCACCUCCGAGAACGCACAAAUCUCAAACGGAAGCUUGUUCAUGCCAUCAUUGGCUCGCUUAAAGAUAAUCGACCACAGGGGUGGUGUUUGAGUGAAACUUACCUCAAAUGUGCAAUGAAUGCACGAGAAGACAACCCAUGGAUCCCUGAUGAUAUUUAUUACUGCAAACUGAUUGCAAGAUUGGUUGAUACAAUGGCCGGUAAAUCACCUAGUCCAUUCCCAAACUGUGACUGGAGAUUCAAUGAAUUUCCUAACCCUGCUGCCCAUGCACUCCAUGUUACCUGCGUUGAACUCAUGGCCUUAGCUGUUUCUGGAAAGGACGUGGGCAACGCCCUGCUGAAUGUUGUGCUGAAGAGUCAGCCUUUAGUGCCCAGAGACAAUAUCACAGCAUGGAUGAAUGCAAUUGGACUGAUCAUCACUGCCUUGCCGGAGCCCUAUUGGAUUGUCCUCCAUGAACGGAUUGUGAGUGUCAUCAACAGUCCUAGCUUGACUUCUGAGACUGAAUGGGUUGGUUACCCAUUCCAGCUGUUUGACUUCACAGCUUGCCAUCAGUCUUACUCGGAGAUGUGCUGUAGCUACACAUUGGCAUUGGCACAUGCUGUCUGGCAUCAUUCAAGCAUUGGGCAGCUUUCUCUCAUUCCAAAGUUUCUUACUGAGGUUUUGAUCCCAAUAGUGAAGACUGAAUUCCAGCUACUCUAUGUGUAUCACCUUGUUGGUCCAUUCCUACAACGCUUCCAGCAAGAGAGGACAAGGUGCAUGCUUGAGAUUGGAGUAGCAUUUUAUGAAAUGCUUUUGGAAGUGGACCAGUGCAAUACACAUCUCAACUAUAUGGAUCCUGUAUGCGAUUUUCUCUACCAUGUGAAAUAUAUGUUUACUGGAGACAGUGUGAAAGAUCAAGUUGAGAAAAUUAUCUGCAAUCUGAGGCCUGCUUUGAAGCUUCGUCUGCGAUUCAUACAUAUUAGCAAAAUGGACUCUGCUUCAGUUCCUCAGCAACCUAUAAGCACUGUAUCUCCAGUAUCGCAACCUACUCAGGUUCCAGUAAAUGUUCCUUUGCCAGUGUCCCAAUAAAAUGGGGUACUGUAUCUCAUCUCUGCCAAGGACAUCUUGUGUUGACCAAGAUAAACUGCACUCAUUGUGAAUUCCUUUGCAAAAAAUGGAGUACAGAAUCAUUUCCAUGACUUCUUCCUUAUAAUGGACCUGUGAGACUAAAUAGGUGUGCUACCUUUUCCUGAUUAAAGGAACUCUUAGAACAGCUUGGUAGUUACGGAUGUAUAAAUAACCAGUUGUUUUAAACAGCAACAGAACAAUCAGUGUCUCAUUUUUCUAGACAAAGGUAACUCCUGUUUUUUAUAACACAUAUACUUACUUUUACACUGGAAAUAUUUAACAUUUUGGUUUUUCCCCAACUUUUUCUUUGGUAAAUGACAACAGUCAAAGAGAAUGGGUGUGAUCAAUUUAUUUAAGACAGAAUAUAUAAAGCCAUUUAAAUUUCAUUGACUUAAACCAGGUAGCCUUACUAAUGGGACAUUCUGGAAAAUGUAGUUGAAGUACUGGUGAAAAGGAGAAAUGUGACUUCUGAUUCCUUAAUGAUCACGGAGCCACAAUUUGCCUGUUCUUUCUGAUUAGUACUUUACUUCACCAACAGUACUGCUGAAACCAGAGACACAAUAAUGGUAAUAAAAAUGCCAUCAGCCAAACCAGGGAUAGUAAACAGGUACUUGUUUCACCCAACUUCUAAAAUGUAAUUAUGUUUAAAGUCUAUGUAUUUAUUUGACAUGUGUGAGAUUUUUAUUGUAUGCUUGGGUUAUCAAUGUUUAGAAUAACUACACAUUCUUUUGGAUUUGUAUUAUACUAUUUUUGUUCAUGUUUUAUUUUUGUCUGUGUUUGGAGGUAUGGUUUGAAAAUUAAUGAAAAUCUUAGGAUUUGUAAAAUAUUGCUCAUAUUUGGUAGCAUUUAAAAGUGAUUAAUAAAAAUAGCUUUUAUAACUGCA